AUGAAACGCACCGUGCUUAUUACCGGUGGCGCCGGGUUUAUCGGUGCCAAUUUCGCGCACCACGUCCUGCGGGAGAGGCCGGACUGGUCGAUCAUCAACCUCGACCUGCUCGCUUACUCCGGGAACGUGCGCAACCUCGAGGGGAUCGACGAAUCCCGCCACCGCCUCGUGGUCGGCGACAUCUGCGACCGAGAGCUGGUCGACGAGCUCGUCGAGCAGUGCGACGGCGUGAUCCACAUGGCCGCCGAGAGCCACGUCGACCGCUCGAUCAACGACGCUUCCCCCUUCGUCCGGACGAACAUCCUCGGGACGCAGGUGAUCCUCGAUUCGCUCCGCGACGCGCAGAUGCGCGGGCGUGACCUCCGGAUGGCGUUCAUGAGCACGGACGAGGUGUACGGCUCGCUCCCGCUCGACCGACCCGAGCUGCUGUUCACCGAGGACUCGCAGAUCCAGCCGCGCUCGCCCUACGCCACCACCAAGGCCUCCGCGGACCUGCUCUGCCAGGCGUACCACCACACCUACGGGAUGGACAUCGUCACCACGCGCUGCUCGAACAACCUCGGCCCGCGUCAGUUCCCGGAGAAGGUGAUCCCGCUCUUCGUGACGAACCUGAUCCGCGGGAAGAAGGUGCCGCUGUACGGCGACGGGCUCAACGUCCGCGACUGGCUGCACGUCGAAGACCACUGCAGCGCCGUGCUCGCGGUCUUCGAGCGCGGAGCGGCCGGCGAGAUCUACAACGUCGGCGCGGACAACGAGCGGUCGAACCUCGAGCUGACCAAGCUGAUCCUCGAGCUCAUGGGCCACGGCGAGGAGAUGAUCGAGUACGUCGAGGACCGCCUCGGUCACGACCGGCGGUACGCGAUCGAUUCGAGCAAAAUCCAGAAGGAACUCGGCUGGCGUGCCGAGCACUCGGACUGGCCCGCGGCCCUCGAGCAGACCAUCGAGUGGUACAAGAACAACGAGGCGUGGUGGGACGAGAUCCUCCGCGGCGAGCACCAGAAGCAGGCGGUCAAGGUCUUCGUGCCGCGACGGUUCGGGGACGACCGCGGGUGGUUCUGCGAGUCGCACAACCGUCACACGCUCGCGGAGCUGGGAUUCGACAUCGAUUUCGUGCAGGACAACCACGCGUUCUCGAAGCUCCCGUUCACGAUGCGCGGCAUCCACUACCAGGUGGGCGAGCACGUGCAGGACAAGUUCGUCCGCGUGGUGACGGGCUCGGCGCUGGACGUGGCGGUGGACCUGCGGGAGGGCUCGCCGACGUUCGGGAAGCACGCGAUCGCGAAGCUCACGUCGACGAAGGGCGAGACCAUCCUCGUCCCCAAGGGCUUCGGGCACGGCAUCCUGACGCUCGAGCCGGACACGCACAUCUGCUACAAGUCCUCGGCCUCGUACGCGCCCCAGAGCGAGCACGGGAUCAUCUACAACGACCCGGCGCUCGGCAUCGACUGGGGCGUGGACCACGCCAGGGUGCAGCUGUCCGGGCGUGACGCGAAGCUGCCGGUGCUCAGCGAGCAGACGAACCUGCUCUGA